AUGUUUACUGACGGGAUUCUAGCACCGACAAUUAUCACUACCUCGCCGACGAAUCCCAAUCUGGAACAGCCAGUAAAGGGCCUGCCACCAAGUCAACCGCAUGGCCAGCUACAUUUUUCACGGUCAUCACACAACCUAGUCUCUGAUGCGGAAAUUGCUUCUCGAAGCUCGAGCCCGGGACUCACUGGAAGACCCAAGAAGGACCGUAGUGCUAACUCGACACCUCCGGCCUCCUCCAACGCAAGGCACUCUCACAUCUGCUUCGAAGAGGCUGGAAGACUGUCCACCACCUCUCUCCGUAGCGGAAACCGGGCUCAUGCACAUGCAGACUCACAGUCUGGCCUCUCCAACGCUCGCCUAUCUGAAUCUUCUCGUUCUGACGCAAGCUCUGGUGACAGAUCCAUGUCUUUUGGCCAGCCGUCGAAGAAAGAACCUGUUUCUGCCUCGUCAUCUAUAUUCCGGUUCCCCCGUCUAAAGAAAAGCAGAGCUUCUCUCUUUCCCGUACCCAUUAAACUGCCUCCCACAGAUGGCCAGGCGUACCAUCGCCAGACCCAAUCGAGCAAAUCUGCUGAGUUAUACAGCGAUUCGAACCUGCCAUCACCUUCACAUUCAUCUUCUGGCCGCCCAGCAUCAACCGCCGGAUCUCCUAGACCUCCACUCUUCCGCAAGGACUCUGCUACCUCAGGCCGAUCGAAGUCGUCUGUUUCGCCAUCUGCCACUGACCGUGCCAAACGCCGUGCCAGAUCUUCCACCCUAGGUUCUCUGCACCAGAUUCAGGACGACACUGAUGUCAGUUUAACACCAGACGUCACUCCACCGGCAAUCAGUGCUCCGCGGAAAUCUUUCAGUGAUCUUUUCAAUAUCCACUCCCGUCUUAAACACAGCCAGCAUGACCUCACCAUGACACCUCGGUCAGGAACCCCCACCGCUUCCACUCCUGGAGCUGGGCCCAGUCCAAUGACUCCUACGGCGUCUAAACCAAACUCGUUUUCCCUAGCUCGCGAAUUAUCUUCAUAUCCACCCCGUUCUCCAACUGAUACUUCCGCAACUUAUCUUUCCCGCCUGGAAUCAAGCGUUCAUCGUGGUGCCAUCGCAAGCAUCUUGUCCCAAUCGGCAGAAGAAUUCUACUCAGUGGCUCUACGCAAGUAUAUGCGUAGUUUCUCCUUCUUUGGUGAUCCGAUGGACAUGGCUAUUCGCAAGCUGCUGAUGGAAGCUGAAUUACCUCGUGAAACUCAACAUAUUGACCGCAUGAUUCAAUCUUUCGCCAAUCGCUACCAUGAAUGUAAUCCGGGAAUCUUUGAGUCCACCGAUCAAGCAUAUUUCAUUGCCUUUUCACUGCUCAUUUUGCACACGGAUGUGUUUAACAAGAACAACAAGCGGAAAAUGCAGCGCGCGGACUACGUUAAGAAUACUCGUGGGGAGGGCGUGGCCGAGGAAGUGCUUGAGUGCUUUUACGAUAAUAUCUGCUAUACCCCCUUUAUCCAUGUUGAAGAUGAAAUCAAUCUAAGUUCCCGUCUCUCAUCACCCAAAGCCCGAAGCAACCUCAUGACGAAGAUGGCAAGCACAGACCAUCUGAUGAAGUCAUCUAAGGAUCCAAUUGACCCGUAUGCGCUCAUUCUUGAAGGCAGGGUGUCCUCUUUACGGCCUAAUCUGAAGAAUGUCAUGGAACUCGAAGACAUCUACUCCUCAACUCCGGCGACAAACACACAUCUACCCUCCCCUCCUUCUAUAGCACAACUGAAUAACACCUUCGAUAAUCCGUGCAAACUUCAGAUUGUCUCUGCUCGCUCUCGACCAGAUGCAUUUAUGACUGAAUCGACUAUAGCCAACCCAGCAGAAUCUCAACCUGGCCUAGUCGAUAUUCGUGUCGUCAAAGUCGGUCUACUCUGGCGCAAGGACGCGAAAAAGAAAAAGGCUUUGUCGCCCUGGCAGGAAUGGGGCGCUGUGCUUACAGGCUCGCAGCUUUAUCUAUUCCGUGACGUUCAAUGGGUGAAGUCCCUGAUCUUACAGUAUGAUGCAAAAUGUAAGCAGGACAGCCGGCCCCCAGCAGUGACAUUCACACCGCCACUUACGGCAUUCAAACCUGAUACAAUUAUGUCUACUGCCGAAGCCGUCGCACUGCUUGACUCAAGUUACAAACGGCACAAGCAUGGCUUCCUUCUUGUGCGUCACGGGGGGUUUGAAGAGGUUUUUCUGGCCAACUCAGACGCCGAAAUGGCGGAGUGGGUGAAUUUGAUCAACUAUGCUGCUACGUACCGCACCAGUGGCAUCCGCAUGAGAGGUUCGGAAAAGGCAAAGCAAUCAAAUGCAGAUCCGCAGUAUACACAGGAAGCGCAUGCUGCACGCCGCGCGCAGAUAGCAGUACACAUCAAGGAAUCGAACGAGAAAUUAUUUGUUGCACAACGUCAGGUUGAUAUACUACUGAGGAACGCGAGACACUUACAACAUCUUACGCCCAUUCAUCCACGGACACGGGGACAGGUCAUCCUUGCAGCGGGUCGGAUGUCUGCUAAAGUGAAGUGGGCUCGACUUGACCUGGAACGCUUGAAGUGUCAUCGGGGAAUUUUGGCUAGAGAUCUGGCGGAAGAAGAGGGCCGUGUUGGCGCAGUAGGUUGGAAAAAGGAGGUUGGCCUUGCUCUUGGUCAAAUGAUGGACGGCGCCGGGGACGUUGGGGAGAGUAGCACAUUAGCGGGCGGAAAGGAUAGCGAGAGACUAUCGAUAUCAACUGCUCCUGCGCCAAACGGGAAUGGGCCAGUCGGAUCCGAAGCCGCAUCUAUUUCUGCAGAGAGCAAUCGGCACUCGAUGUCGUCCACCAUCGCAUCUAAACAGACGAACGUUUCUACUCCUAAUCCCAACUCUGUGACAACGCCGAUCACAGACACUGACAGCACAUCAAACACAGUCACUCCACGGCCAAGUGUUACAGAUGAUGACGACGAGGAGCAACGUUUCCUCCGCGAAACAGGGAUUCUUGCUUUGGAUACCGUCUCCCUGUCAAGCCCACCGAACUCUCCUGGCAAGCAGGAACCUAUCACACCUAUAUCCACCAAUUCGACAAACAAGGAUGCUGUUCAGCCCUCCCCUCCACCAUCUUCUGAACGUUCCAAAGUUCGACGCAGCUUCCAGCGUACUCUUCGAGAAGCCCACCACAAUGUUCCUCUUCAUCGCACCAGCCGCAAGGGCCGAGAUCGUGACUCUUCCAAUUCUGCCCAGUCUUCCACUCACUCUACUUCGGUCAAUUCUAGCACUGGCAACGGCAAUAAUCCAGGAACUCCAUCUACACCUACAGCUACCUCCGAUGAGCCCGGAACCCUCCCACGCAAAUCUCCCAGCUUCACCGUUCACGGCAAAAAGGCGUCUAUCAUCACAUUCGGUUCUGAAUGGCAGAUCCUUUCACCUGAGCAGAGGCUAAAGCAGCGUAAGCCGCAGUCGAACCAGCAGCUCCAGGCAGCCCAAGGCCAACCGGACAGUUCAACUGCUGGUGGUGAUGAUGGCACAGAUUCGGUCUUUGCGUCUUCCAUUGUCUCAACCAUUGGACCGGAAAGUGCAGAUCAGACAGGUACACAGAUAGCUAGGUCGACUAGCAUCGCAUCUGCUCUUACCUCCAAGUCCACAGAUACAGGUGCUCCGACGGUUCCAUCCCGUUGUUCCCCAGCAAUAAGUGACGUGUCGCAUACCCCGGGCUCCGGCUCCGGCAACACUAGUGAACACCAAGUCACUCAUGAUGAUUCAAAGCUUGUUGUAGCUUGA